UUGAUGGGGACAUAAAUAUGUGUCUUGUUGCUCAAGGAAAUUAGCGUCAGUAGAUCCAAUAAAAGCAAACAGCACAUGUAAACAAAAUACACCUCACUUAUCCACAAAUAUGAGAUCAGUUUAACAAAGGCAUAGCCAAAACAAAUCACUAGCAGUGAGCUUUUACAGCAAGCUCCAACUCUGUGGCGAGAAAUUAAGUUAAUAACAGUGAUUUCAUGCAGAGGUCCCAGCUUUGGGGCCCCCUGAUCCCUUGGGCCUGUGCAAGCAGGCCCUCUUGGUGAUCCAUGCAUGGUCAUAUGGAACAAUUUUGUUUGAUUAUCAUGCAUACAACAUUUAUUAACUUGUUUUGUUCUACCUAGUAUGAUCACGGCAUGUCACCAUGCGUGUUAUUUUGACGGGAGCAUAUGGAACAGCCUUCAAAACAUGUUCUUCUGCUGCUGCUAACUCGGGCCUGUUCUCGGUUAAAUUAGCAAGUAAUCUUCGGAUUUGCAAAUUGUUGUCCCCUGCAUGGGGCCCUGGUGUUAUAGGAUUUUCCGACUCCCACACAGAAUCUGACUCCCCUUGGUGUGAACAGGUUAUAGUUAGGGUUAGGGGGUUAGUGUUGGGGGUAAGCCUAACCCCAAGGGGAGUCAGAUUGUGAGGGGAAAUUCUAUAACACCGGGGCAGGAUACAGCUGGCACCAUGAGAUAACAUUAUGACAAACCACUCCAAGGAGGUGAGAGGAAACAUUUGCAUUUCAUGCUGCCGGCGUUGGCAGCGUGAAGUGGCAGCAUGAUUCAUCAGUUCAGAAUAAGGAAACGAACACCCGAGCCUGUAAUUUCGCCAUGAUUCAGCCCAAAACUGAAAGAGAAGCAAAUCUGUCAAACGUCUCCAUUGCAUUUGUCCACAGAGGGCGUUGUGUUUCUUCUAUUGGACCCGCGCUGCAGGGCGAACCGUUUAAUCGGCCCGCGCAUCCGGGCUGGGACCAUGGGGUCUUGCUUGACGUUUUCACUUUCCGUUUGAGUAACGUCGUUCCGGAUUUCAAGUCUCCUUGUCUGCGAGGAGGCUACGGUUUAAGUCUCUUAUCGGCGUAUCAGCAACACGGCGUGGCUGCCGAGUCAUGCAGAAAAAAACAAACCUUUGACUGGAAGAGUCCAGAGAGCGCAGCCCCGUUGAAGCCGCAGCAGCAGCAGCGGCAGCAGCGGUCCGCGUCUUACUGAGCCGGUGCUCGUCUGAGGCCAGACCGUGACACUGACAACAGUGUGAAAAGUGGAUGCGUAAUCAAUUCCAAUCUACUGCGCGAGACUUGUUUUCGGUGCGGACGUUUACCCGACGGCGACUCUGUUUUGGCCGACUAUUGCGUCAGAGGGCACCCGCGUGCGCAAACAGUGUCCUGGCACUGAUUUCUGCGACAUGAACACGUCUGUGUUUUACGACAUUAGAGCCGCGCUCUGAAUUGCCACAUAUCGCUUAAUGUGGACCUUCGCUUCCCAUGAGCGGUUACUACGGUGUGUCGUUUCCACAGCGCGGUAGAGCAAGCCCAUGUAAACACAGCAGGACUGAUCGGGGUGAGGCUGGCUGUAGGGUGAGGGAGCUGGAGACUGAUCAAAUCUGGUUGUGUAACUACCAACCAACAAAGCUGCACUACUUCAAACACCACCGGUGUUAAGCACCCCUGCUUUGGAUAAAUAUCACAACCAAUGGACCAAGGCUAAGAAACCCUAGGCAAGAUACAUUUGAUUCUGCCCUUACAUGAAUCUGCCAACGUCUCCCUUUUUUCCAGUGCUGAAAAGUAAAAGGACCAAGAAAACCCCCCAGAAUGGAUUGACUCCAAACAGGCCCUGAACUUGUAAAAUGUGGAAUGAAGGGCCCAUGAUUUGAGCAAAAGUUACAAAACUGUGAGCAGACACACGAUAUGCUGCCAGCCAUGUCGGAACUUGGAUCUGUGACUGCAAGAGCACGGUGGUUAAUUCUCACCCUCGGUUUCUCUUACCCUCCAUUUUUGCAUGAGAAUAUGUGAUCUGAACUUCCAAUAUUAACCUUAAUACAGGUGUGUUUUCCACUGGAUUAUUGUUUCUGCUGAUUUGGCUGUGGAUGUGUUCAGCACUUGCAAUAAUGACACCAUUGGGUAGUUGCACUGUUCACAUCCUUUAUUUCUCAAGAUAAUUUCCCAUGUAGUUUUUGUGUGCAACCCUGGAAAAAUGGUAGAAUUUAGGACAUCAUCUUUACUCACUGGACUGCCUACUCUGAUCAAUAAGAUUACAGAACUCAAGUUUGAGGGAAUUUGGAUUUUUUUCUGUGUAAAGAGAUUUACAUCAAUGGGAUAACAGUGCAAAACUUAAAAAUCUAAGAGACUACAAGAUUGAACAGAUAGAAAUCCCCAACAAAAUAAAUACAUUCUUGCAGAGUCCUCAUCUCUCCCUCCAAGGAUGCAUUGCCCCUUAAGAAAGAAGCGGCCUACACGGGAUGCAGAUUUUUCUGCUAUUGCGGUUCCGUCAAUGCGCGGGUCCGGUUACAUGGAUUAUACUAUCGAAACCCACGCCUCAAGGUCCCUGAAGGCUAUGGAUGAGUUCAGGCACCAUGAGAUGUUGUGUGACCUGGUGCUACAUGUCACACACAGGGACAGGACCGUGGACUUCAAGGUGCAUAAAGUGGUACUGGCCUCCUGUAGCCCCUACUUCAGGGCCAUGUUCACCAGCAGCUUUAAAGAGUGCCAUGCCUCAGAGAUCACACUACCUGAUGUCUGUCCCCUGGUGGUGGAAAGGCUUAUUGACUUUGCUUACACCUCCCGCAUUACAGUGGGAGAGAAGUGUGUGCUUCAUGUUCUUCUGGCUGCUAGGAGGUUCCAGAUGGAAGAUGUGGCAAAGGCGUGUUGUGAUUUCCUAACCAAACACCUGGAGCCGGCUAAUGUAAUUGGUAUUGCCCGCUUCGCUGAAGAGCUUGGCUGCACAGAGCUUUACCAGCAGAGCAGAGAGUACAUCAAUACACAUUUCAACGAGGUGACCAAGGUGGAUGAAUUCUUCAGCCUGUCUCACUGCCAGCUGCUGGAGCUUAUCAGCCAGGACAGUCUCAAGGUGCUCUGUGAGUCUGAGGUAUAUAAGGCCUGUACAGACUGGGUUCGCUGGGAUGUGGAAGGCCGAGCCCAGUAUUUACAUGCUCUGCUGAAUGCUGUCCGUAUCUACGCCCUGCCCCCUAAGUUUCUGAAGAAUCAGCUCCUUUCCUGCCCUAUUCUCAGCAAGGCCAACUCCUGCAAGGACUUCCUGUCUAAGAUCUUCCAAGAGAUGAUACUGAAGAUACCCCUCCCUCCUGCACCACAACGCGGAAUGCAACUCAUCUAUGUGGCUGGCGGGUACCGGCAGCAUUCACUUGCCAACAUGGAGGCCUAUGACCCCAGGAAGAAUACCUGGCUGAAACUGGCAGACAUGGGGGCUCCUUGCAGUGGCCUUGGGGCCUGUGUACUUUUUGGACUCCUCUACACGGUCGGAGGGAGGAACCUGUCGCUCCAGCACAACACCGAGUCCAGCGCCCUGUGCUGUUACAACCCUAUGACCAACCAGUGGAGUCAGCACGCGUCCCUCAACAUUCCCAGGAACAGGGUCGGGGUGGGCGUGGUGGAUGGCAGCAUCUAUGCCGUUGGGGGCUCCCAGGGCUCCACACAUCACAACUCCGUGGAGAGGUGGGAUCAGGAGUCCAAUUGCUGGUCCUUUGUAUGCCCUAUGUCUGUGGCUCGACUGGGUGCUGGGGUGGCGGCAUGCGGGGGUGCUUUGUAUGUAGUGGGGGGUUAUGACGGGCAGAAUCGCUGGAACACUGCUGAAAAGUACCAGCCUGAUACCAACACCUGGCACCAACUGGCACCCAUGAACUCUGUACGGAGUGGUCUCGGCUUGGUGUGCGUGGACUCAUACUUGUAUGCCAUAGGAGGCUAUGAUGGGCGGACACAGCAAUGCUCCAUGGAGCGCUACAGUGUAGUGAGGGACCUUUGGGAGCCCAUGGCCUCCAUGCAGCACUGCCGCAGCGCACAUGGAGUCACGCUCUACCAGGGACGCAUUUUCGUACUGGGGGGGUUUAACCAGCAUGGCUUCCUGUCCAGUGUGGAGUGUUACUGCAUCGAGAGCAACGAGUGGACGUACGUCACUGACAUGCCCGUCGGACGCAGCGGCAUGGGCAUCGCCGUUACCAUGGAGCCCUGCCCUGGAAACCUGCCAGAACAAGAAGAGGAGGAGGAGGAGGAGGAGGAGGUGGAGAGUAGAAAGGAACAUGGACUCAAGAGAUGAGGAAAAAGAAAGAGAACGACCACUAGUGAAGAAGCUCCAAGCGUUAUUUUUUUUCUUCCACCUGACAGAGGGUGCUUCCUUUUAAGAUGGACCGAAUUCCAUCAAACGUUUAAAAGGAAACAAGACUCCUAUUGUGUCCCCCAGCCACUGCCACUGUAGUGUAAUUCAAGUGAAGCUAUGCUUGUAGGCCCACGGUUUCUAUGGAAAUGUUGCAGAGGAAGACUCUAUGUAUGCUAGGAGAUCAUGUGCAGUUUGUAAGAGGGGGACACGAUCAAGCAAACCAGAGAAACUAACCACAUACCAAGUGACCUCGGAGUGACCAAGGUGCUGCAGUGAGUAAGCACGUCGUCUCACAUAUUGCUGCUGAGUAUCAAUACUCGUUAUUGCUGGUGUCCAUCUCCCUUGUCGUUUUUCAGUCAUGCAUUCGUUCGCUUAUUCUUUCUUUUUUUUUCUAUCUUUACCUGCGGGUCCCGCUCUCGCUCUCUCCCCCUCCCUCCCCCUCUCUCACGCUCUCUCUCUCCCUCUCUCUCUUUCUCUCUUGCUCUCUCCCCCCUCCCUCUCUCUUGCACUCGCUCUCUCUCUCUCUUUCUCUCUCACUCUCUCCCCCUUCCUCGCUCUCUCUCACGCUCUCUCUCUCGCUCUCUCCCCCCUCCCUCUCUCUUGCGCUCUCGCUCUCUCUCUCUUUCUGUCAUGGCACUGGACAACAUUUCCUUUUCUUUUUUUGGGGGGGGGGGGCAAACAACCCUGGUUUGAAUGAAAACUGGUGGGGGUUUGGGGUUUUAUUUGUAUUAUUAUUAUUUGACCUUUGCUACUUUAUAUAUGUACCGUAUACGUUCCACUGUAGGUGACGUAUGCUGGUGAAAUGUGUGCAAGAAGAGUGGUCCAUCUUUGCCCCCCCGUGGUCUGUUCCUCACCGGAAACUCGGUUUUCUCAAUUGCACUGAUGUAAAUAAAGACAACUA